CGAAACCGCUUAAAGGAGCGAAAAACUGAUACCCAGCCUCUAUUGGACCUUGCUUUUUUCCGCCCCUCGAAGCCGGCUGACGAUACGAGCGGCCCUGGACCUCUUCAUUGGACCUUGAAAACACCGCUUUCCCGAAUUCUCCCAACCCGUGCAGGAGACAUCCAGGUCUCAACCCACCUCAAUCUCCUCAUUUCAUGCUGGAAACCAGUCUUCUCACGACGGAUUGGACGCCGAUCGACGGCCGCAUCAGUUUAUAGUCUCAGUUUCGGCCCCUUAGAGUGGUAAUCCUCAACCCCCGCCCGCGGGUGUCACGAGGAGUGCGUCUGAUACAUCCAGGAGAGAGCAUGGAAUAACAAAAACAACCGAGUCGCGACAUGUCAGGUCCCUUUUCGACUCUUCUUUCUCUUCCCACAUCUUCCAUGCUCGCAUUGCUCCUUCAAGCCCUCUUCGCUGUACCGACCGCAGGCCGACCCAAUUCGCUCUGGCACUUCGAGAUCGCGAAUGAUCCAGCUCCACCGCCUGAAGAGGGUCCGCCGCUGUCAGCCUCGGCCGUUCGCGAUUUAAGUCUGCUUUGGCGAGAGAUUGUUGCUAUUGUUGGAGCCUACGUUCUAAUUGUAUCCGUUUUCCUGGGCUGUCUCCUCACUGUGGGUAGACGCCUUCGGAGAGGCGCUCAGCAAUCGAAUCGAACGCUGGAGAUGGAGAUGCUCAAACCGCUCAGUGCACCGGUGAACGCAAUCUCUCUCCAAAUUCCGCAAUCAUCCAAAAAUACCUGGCCUAGUCCUAUGAGUGGAACAGAAAGCGAGUGUUGGCCAAGCCCUCAAAAGACCAAAAAUCGAUCCUUCAACAUGCCUUGGUCUCGAGGAGAAUCCCCUGUUUCUCCUAGGGCCGAGAGUAUAUCCACGGUGGACGAAAAUAUCGUACGAGCCGACCGUAUGAAAGCUCAAGCAGAGAUGGAAAGACUGUAUGCAGCUGUCAUGGAGCAUGAUGCCCAACGAGCCGCAGAGGCCGAGUCGAAUGGAGGUAACUCACCGAGGUCACCUCGCCAGGCACAUCCCCCGCUAGACAAUCACCCUGACGGCAAACACCUGAGACAGCGGCAGCAAUCAUUCCAGUCUCUCUCUCCUGUGUCUCCUAUGUCUCCACUGUCACGAGAACUACCUUCACCUGUCUACCCAGAACCUCACCGACCGCACUUCCAAGAACAACAACGACGAAAGCAGCUCCACAUACAGCUACCACCAAAACCACACUCUCCCCAGCACUCCUGUGUAGCAACCCCAGAGCCCCAAAAAUCUCCAUUCUCGCCUCGCAAUGAUAAGCCAUCUAGACUCUCCGCCUUAUCCUUUUUGAGUUCCAAAUCUCGCAAAGUACGUCGAGAAUCGGUUCGAAAUCUGCCAAUAUCACCUCCAAUUCUUUCUCCAGAAGUAACGACCCCGAGUUAUCCCGAAAACCAACCUCUUUCUCCACGUAUCUACCAUCCGGGACCUCCACCACUCAAUCCUAUACAAGAACAGCAAGAAAAGGCGAAAGCGAAGAGUCCGAGACUCGAACAUCCCCGGAACGCUUCCGUUGAUAGCACUUUCAGCGGGCCUCCGCAUCUUAAUCUCCGCAGUGCGGGCAGUAGCACUUCCACGCUUCCAUUUCGUGCAUUCAACAAUGGGCCCAUGAGUGCCCCGCCUACCAAGACCACGAUUGUCGAAAGGCGAGAUAGUAUUCUUGGCCCUCUUGGACCUCGAACCGGUAUUCCACGGACGCCAUAUAGUCCAUAUAUGCCGUUCACUCCUAUCACACCUUUGACCCCAAGUCGUAUGAUUACGCGACAGGAGCGAAAGAAAAUGGAAAGGAAGAACGGAACGCGAGUGCAAACAGAAGCAGACCUGGUAAUGAGCGAUGAAGAAAUGUGGGGGGCUUAAGAAUAUCUAUGCAAAAUUUUACCGGAGGCAUGCUUUUCUUUUUUUUUUUCUUUCGUUUAUUCCUGCUGUGACUGCUUUUCCUUUCUAAUAAUCAGCCGGUGUUUUAGUUACUAUCAUUUUCUUCCCUUCCCUUUUCUCCUCUUUUCUUUCUGUUUUCUCUUAAUUUUUCUGUAUGAAAGUUCUGACACAGUUGGUGAAAUCCCUUUGGCUGCUUUCUCCUUUGUUGAUGCUCAGUUGGGCAUUAAUGCGGUCCUUUUUAAGUUCCAAGGCCAUUGCUGUCGUUUGUUAAUGCACGCGGGGCAGAUACCAGUGCAGUUUUUCCUCAUGAUAUCUAUACCUAACAUAAUAUGUGUGUGUUUGUGGGAAUUCUUGGGGGCAUAUAUAACUACUAGUUAGAAACUAGAAUCCCGUAU